GGGUCUGGGAGUAUCAGGGCUGAGGGGGAGAAGCGCUGUGCAAAUGUCAAGACAUGUCCCGAGGCUGAGCUGUAGGGAGGAGGCCGUGAGGCCCUUGUUUUACGGGCCCUGAGAGGCGGCGGCUCCUCCUGCGACCGCGGGGGGCAGCACCAGCGGCGGGUGGGGCCUGCAGCAGAGCCCGGCUCCCAAGGUGGAAGGGCCGCGCUCUCGCUGGGGCCUCUGCCGCCUCCACGGUGGCAGGCGCCCGGUGCGGCCAGUGCUUGGCGGCGGCCCUGCCAUGGCUGGCAGCGGCUCCUGCUGCCGCUGCCAGAGCUGACAUGGCCCGGGUGAGCGGCGCGCCGGCGGCGGAGGAGGCCCCGGAGAGUUACCCGCUCCGCCAGGAGAACGAGCUGCAGGUGCUGGAGUCCAUCUACGGACAGGACUUCCGAGACCUGCGGCAGGAGCGGCCCUGGAAGGUAAAACAGCCUCCGGAAAUCAGUUUAGUUCUGCGUCCUCAGGGUUUGACAGGUGACAAUGAAGUUUAUGCCAAAGUUGAUUUGUGGGUCAAAUGUCCCCAAACCUAUCCUGAUACUGUCCCUGAAAUACAGCUGAAAAAUGCGAAAGGUUUGUCAAAUGAAAACAUUGAUUUGUUAAAAUCCAAACUAGAGGAAUUGGCAAAACAACGCUGCGGAGAGGUGAUGAUAUUUGAACUUGCGGACCACAUACAGUCAUUUCUCAGUGAAUAUAAUAAGCCACCUUCUAAGUCUUUUCAUGAAGAAAUGCUAAAAAAUCAGCAAAAGGAACAAGAGAGACUGGCCCAGGAAGAGCAGCGUCGGAUGCAAGAAGCUAAGAGAAGAGAGGAACAGGAGCAACGUGAAAUUCUUGAUGAGAUUCAGAGAAGGGAGGAGGAGAAGAGAGAAGGAAGAAAAAAGAAAGAAAUGGCAAAACAGGAACGUUUGGAAAUUGCCACUUUUACAAGCCAAGAAAAUUCUUUCAAAAGAGACACUGUAGGGAACAAAUCUCCUUCCGGUUUAAAUGGAGGUGCACUGGAACAUGGAGGGAACAAUAAGCAUCGCACACAUUCCACUGGGCGUUCAAAGCGAGAACGUCAGCAUUCUGCAUGCAGUAGUGAAGAUUCUCCUGGAAAUUAUGAAAUUUUGAACUUCAGUACUGGUGGUGCUGGUCAGCUUACUGUUCACAAAGGAAAAUGUAUAGACAAGGAUGAACAACUUGGAAAAUCAGUCUACAAUGCCUUGGAAAUAUAUACUGGCAACUUUGUCUUAGUAUAUGAAUGGGUUCUUCAAUGGCAGAAAAAAAUGGGAAGAUUUCUUACAACUCAAGAAAAGGAAAAAGUUGAUAAAUGCAAAAAACAGAUUCAGGGUGCAGAAACAGAGUUCAGCUCACUGAUGAAGCUAAAUCACCCAAACAUAGUACGUUACAUGUCCAUGAUCCUUAAAGAGCAUGAUGAUUCAAUUGUGGUAGAUAUUUUAGUGGAGCAUAUUAAUGGAUCUAGCCUUUCUACACACCUGAGCAAAGAGGUCCCGAUUCCUAUUGAUCAGCUGCGCCACUAUGCAACCCAACUUUUGUCUGCUCUUGACUACUUGCACAGUAAUUCAGUGGUGCACAAAGUCCUGUGUGCUUCCAGUAUCCUGGUAGAUACCGAAGGAAAUGUCAAAGUGACGGACUACAGCAUUUCAAAGCGCCUAGCUGAUAUCUGUAAGGAGGAUGUUUUUGAGCAAACCAAAGUUCGAUUUAGUGAUGAUGCUCUGCCUAACAAGCCUGGAAAAAAAGGAGAUGUAUGGCGGCUGGGCCUGCUACUGCUUUCUCUCAGCCAGGGACAAGUAACCAGGGAAUAUCCGGUCACUAUUCCUAAUGACUUACCUGCUGACUUUGAAGAUUUUCUGAAAAAAUGUGUUUGCUUGGAAGAUAAGGAAAGAUGGAGUCCUCAGCAGUUGUUACAACACAGUUUUAUAAAUCCUCCACAAAUGAAAAUACCAGUUGGGGAAGAAAAUCCAGAUGAUUCAGCAGGAAUAGAUUACAUUGAGACUGUUAUCGCCAGCAGUCACAUACCUAGUGCUGCAUUCUUCACAGAAACGCAGAAGCAAUUUUCACGUUACUACACUGAGUUUGAAGAGCUACAGCUCCUUGGCAAAGGGGCUUUUGGAGCAGUCAUCAAGGUACAAAACAAACUUGAUGGCUGCUACUAUGCUGUGAAACGUAUUCACAUAAAUCCUGCCAGCAAGCAGUUCCGGAGAAUUAAAGGCGAAGUAACGUUACUUUCUCGUCUGAAUCAUGAGAAUAUUGUGAGGUAUUACAAUGCUUGGAUAGAAAAACAUGAAAACCCCCCUCCCAGUAGCUCAACAUCAGAAACUACAGAAGGGAAAAAAGCAUCCGCCAAGUUAGAUCUGAAUGGGAAGAAUGAAGAAGAAUCAACAGAUGAUGUGGAAGCCAAUGCCCCUCCUCCUGUUUUGACAAGUUCAGUUGAGUGGAGCACCUCUUGUGAGAGAUCUUCUAGCACCAAAUUUAGUGGAGCUGAUCAGGAGUCCAGUGAUGAAGAUGAUGAUGGUGGAGGAGUGUUUUCACAGUCAUUCUUACCAGCUGCAGAUUCUGAAAGCGAUAUAAUUUUUGAUAAUGAGGAUGAAAACAGUAAAAGUCCUACUCUGGAUGAAGAAUGCCAUCAAAAGAAUAGUCACAGUAAAGAAGACUCCACUUCAGUGGUUCAGACAGUACACUGUCUGUUCAUUCAGAUGGAGUAUUGCGAAAAGAGCACAUUACGGGACACUAUUGACCAGGGAUUGUAUGAAGAUACUAGUCGGCUUUGGAGACUUUUCCGAGAAAUUUUGGAUGGAUUAGCUUACAUCCAUGAGAAGGGAAUGAUUCACAGAGAUUUGAAGCCUGUGAACAUUUUUUUAGAUUUUGAUGAUCAUGUGAAAAUUGGUGAUUUUGGUUUAGCUACAGAUCACCCAGCAUAUGCAGCGGACACCAAACAAGGAGAAGAUCAUUCAGGAAGCCAUCUGGCCAAAUCUGAUCCUUCAGAUAAUUUGACAGGGAUGGUUGGCACUGCACUAUAUGUGAGCCCUGAAGUCCAAGGAAAUACUAAAUCUUCAUAUAAUCAGAAAGUUGACCUUUUCAGUCUGGGUAUAAUAUUCUUUGAGAUGUCUUACCGUCCCAUGAGUACUGCAUCAGAAAGGAUCUUUGUUCUCAGCCAACUAAGACAAUCUACUAUUGAAUUUCCAAAAGACUUUGAUGAAGUGAAACAUAAAAAGCAGAGAUCGGUUAUUACUUGGUUGUUGAACCAUAAUCCUGCAGAACGACCAACUGCUGUGGAGCUGUUAAAAAGUGAACGCCUCCCGCCACCUCAGAUGGAGGAAUCAGAACUUCAUGAAGUGCUUCAUCAUACCUUAGCAAAUGUAGAUGGGAAAGCUUACCGGACUAUGAUGGGCCAAAUAUUUUCACAACGCAUCUCUCCAGCAAUGGAUUACACCUAUGACAGCGACAUGCUGAAGGGUAGUUUUUCCAUUCGAGCAGCCAAGAUACAACAGCAUGUAUGUGAGACUGUCAGCCGGAUUUUUAGAAGACAUGGAGCUAUCAAGCUGCAUACCCCACUGCUAAUGCCUAGAAAUAGGAAACUGUAUGACCAUAAUGAAGCUUCAUAUUUCAUGGAUCACAGUGGGAUGCUGUUGAUGCUUCCUUAUGAUCUCAGGAUUCCUUUUGCAAGAUUUGUAGCUAGAAAUAAUAUAUCAAACUUGAAAAGAUAUUGUAUCGAGCGUGUAUACAGACCUCGGAAGUUAGACCGCUGUCACCCCAAAGAACUCCUAGAAUGUGCAUUUGACAUCAUCACUUCCAGUGGAAACAGCUUUUUACCUAUUGCAGAAACAAUCUACGCUAUUUCUGAAAUCAUCCAAGAAUUUCCAGUACUACAGGAAAGAAACUAUAGUAUUUACUUGAACCACACUGCUUUAUUGAAAGCUAUACUCUUGCACUGUGGGAUACCAGAAGAGAAACUCAAUCAAGUCUACAUCAUUCUGUAUGAUGCAAUGACCGAAAAGUCAACAAAAAGAGAAGUGGAAGCCAAAUUUUGUAAUCUUUCUCUGUCAUCAAACAGCCUUUGUCAACUGUACAGAUUUAUUGAGCAGAAGGGAGAGUUGAACGAUUUAAGCCCAUUGAUAAACACAAUGAUAAAACAAAAAACUGGUGUCACCCAGCUGGUAAAACACGGCAUGAAAGAUCUGGAGGAAGUCAUGGGUCUCUUAAAGAAGCUUGGUAUAAAACUUCAGGUGUCUAUAAAUUUAGGACUCGUUUACAAAGUGCAACAGCAUAAUGGAGUCAUCUUUCAGUUUAUAGCAUACAUCAAACGCAGACAAAGAACUGUGCCUGAAAUUCUUGCAGCUGGAGGCAGAUAUGAUCAUCUGAUUCCACAGUUCAGAGGGCCGCAAACAAUAGGACCUCUUCCUUCUGCUGUUGGAGUCAGUAUAGCUAUAGAUAAAAUAACUGCUGCAGUUUCCAGUAUGGAGGACUCUGUUACUAUGGGCGCUUGUGAUCUGUUGGUUGUGAGUGUUGGGCAGAUGUCAAUGACGAGAGCCAUCAAUAUCAUUCAAAAACUCUGGACUGCGGGAAUUCCAGCUGAUAUCAUGUAUGACUGGUCCCAGUCCCAAGAAGAACUGCAAGAGUAUUGCAAAUGUUCUGGGAUCACAUAUGUGACUCUUGUCUCUGAGAAAGAAGGAAAUCAUGUAAAGGUCAGGGUUGAUGUGCAAAGGCGUUACUGUGAGGAAGCUUGAAUUGCCACUGUCUGUAUUGUAUCUCUUCUGUCCAUAAACAGAGGUUUUUGGUGCCCAAAGCUGUCACUGAUUCUGGACCAUUAUCUCUGCUACUUCUUUUAAUAAUUUUCAUAAAAAAACAGUGAUCUGUUAAAGUCAUUUGCCCCUAUAUGGCAUGGUUGUAUAACAUAGCUAUAAUGUAUAACAGUAAGAUACCUUUCACUUACUUCAAUUAUCAAUCUUCCUCUUACACUAACUGUAAGAACAAGCUGAUCUUGACAAUUAUUUGAUCAUAGAGUGAUGUAUCUAGGCAUUAAAGAUGCAAUGAAAAAAACGUAUUUAAUCUUUUAAAACCUAGUGAUGAUAUUUUAUUACGGUAGAGCAGAAAUACAAAGAGCAUGUCAAUAUAUUAAAUGGCAUAGCGAUGCUCUAGUUUAAUUAGUCUUUUCGUAAUUAAUAAAACAAAGACUGAGCAAAUAUGUGUAGGUUCAAAUGCUGGAGAGUUACCUCUCUGCAAAUUCAGUGAAAGGCAACCACAUUCCAAAUUAAUCCUUUAAUUUAAAACAGAGAGAGAGAACCCUGUGUUUAACGCAGUAUUUCCCCCCGGACACCAGCCAAAGGUCAUUAUCCUAUAUUAACAAGUGCAAGCAGCAAAGCCUAAGCAGUGAAAAUGCAAAAGAAAUUAUUGUUAGUUAUUUGGUUGCAGAAAUCUAAUCAACCAAGUCAGAGGGUUUAAUUGGCCAGUGAUCAGAUGAACUGAUAGUCUCAGUCUUAUUCCAUCUGAUAAUUGCAUCUUUAAUAGGUAAUGAGCCUAGUCAAACUUACUUUUCUUUGUUUCCACAGUAUAUUUAUGUAGAUUACCAGAUUUAGCAAUCUCAUUAAACUCAUUAAAAUGUUAAAUUACAAUU